CUCCAAGCAGCCAUUAACACGAAUUAUUUUAGUGUGGGACUAAUAUUGACGUCUGUGCACGUGUUUUCAAGCGACAGAUAACAGCUAUGGAUAUUUCAAAUAAAAAGAAAAUGACAGAUGACGAGAUUGCAAUUUCUUUACUAACAAAUGUUAUUGAAGAUGAAACUGUUGAAAUAUCACACUAUAUAAAAAGCAUAUUAAAUGGACAAUAUGAACAUGUUAUUAAUGAUGAAUUACCUUCAAGACUGUGUACAAUAUUAUCUGAUACUGAUAAUUUUGAUAAAAUAGUGAAUGAGAGUAUAGGGAAAGAAGACACGCAUAAUUUAUGGCUAAGCAUUGGAGUAGCUUCAUUAUUAUACUUUGUUCAAUGCAAUUGGACAGGCCCUCAAGUAACUGGGGACAUUGAAUGGUUAAAAGUUAAAAGAAAGGAUGUACUUAAAGAUUUAUCUUUGCAUGAUGAAUGCAAUGCAAAUGUUAAAAUGCCAGAACUCCUUUAUUUUUCUAAGAUAAUAUUCUCUAAUAAAUUGUUACAAAAUACUCAUAAAAGCUGUAUUUGGUGGCUGUUGAGAGUGAAACUUUUGCAUCAAUUUAUAUUAAAUGAAAAUUCUGGUGUACUAUAUGAGGAGGCAGAAGAGUUAAUUAUUCAGAUUAAUAAUUUGCCAUUAUUGAAACAUGUCUAUUGUAAAACCUUGUUUUAUAUUGAGGCUGCACAGUUCUAUUUCUAUUAUAGAAGAAUACAACAAUCAGAAAAAUAUCUUGAACUUGCUAUAGAAGCAGCUAAAUUAAAUUUAAAGCUAGAAGGUGUAUUGGGUAAACGUACAAAGUAUCAACAAGAAGACAAGGCUCAACUAUUUUUAAAAGUAGAUACAGGAGAUAAUCAGUUUCCUUCUAGAGAUUGUAAAGAUUUACCAAAAUCUUUGGAAUUAAAUGAUGAUGUCAGAUUGGAACAUAUUAAGUUUGCAGAAAAUAUAAAAAAUGUACAAUUAGGAACAAUUGAAGAAGCAAUAAUAUUAGCUAAAUAUACUCAGUUGCAACUAUCACAACCAAAGGAUAAAUUAACAGAUGAAGAAUUGAAACCUUAUUUAACCGCAGUAAUAGAUAGUACAAAGAAUUGGUCCUUAAAAAUGGCUGCUCUUUAUUAUCGGUGUGUAUUAGAAUUCACUGAUAAAAGAGCCAUUGAACGAUCGAUGAUGCAAAUGGAGUAUUUGAUACACGAAUUGAAAAAUUCAAAAGUUUCCGUUACAAAUAGGAUAGAUAUGUUUUUUGCAAGUGGAGUGAAACCAAUUUGGCACUUGGAACAGAUGUGGGCACAAUUAAUGUUAAGUCUUGGAUUAGUAAAAGGAGCUUUAGAUGUGUUUUUGAAGCUAGAGUUAUGGGAAGAAGUUGUUACUUGUUAUAAUCUGUUGGAAUUGAAACAUAAAGCAGAAGAAAUUAUUCGCCAAGAAAUAUGCAAAAAGCCAACACCUAAGUUAUGGUGUUUAUUAGGUGAUACAACUCAAGAUCCCAGUUUUUAUGAAAUAGCAUGGAAGCUGUCUAAUGAAAGAAGUAGUCGAGCUCAAAAACAUUGGGGAUUUUUCUAUUUUACAAAGAAAAAUUAUAAAGAAGCUAUACCACAUUUAAAAUUAUCAGUUGAAUUAAAUAAUAUUCAGGAGGACGUUUGGAUAAGACUUGGCUUUGCUGCUUUGGAAACAGAAGAUUGGAAAUUAGCAGUAACAGCAUAUAAACGUUACUGUGCUUUAGAACAAACGACAUUUGAGGCAUGGAAUAACUUGGCAAAAGCUUAUAUAAAACUUGGUGAUAAACCAAAAGCUUGGAAAUCUCUUCAAGAUGCUAUCAAGUGUAAUUACGAUCGUUGGCAAAUUUGGGAUAAUUUAAUGAUCGUUAGCAUUGAUUUAGGACAUUUCUCAGAAGUAAUUCGAUGUUAUCAUCGUAUUUUGGACCUCAAAAAUCAUCAUUUAGACGUUCAAAUUCUUGAUAUACUAACCAAUGCUAUACUAAAUAAUAUAAAUGAUUCAGAGGGAAACCCAGCGCAGAGAUUGCUUCCCAAAGUUUUAGAAUUAUUUGGAAGAAUUAGUUCCUUCGUACAUAAUAAUUCAGAUGUAUGGAGAAUGUACGGAAACCUUACCGCGCUUAAAAAUACAGAUACCGAUGAUGAAAAAGCGGUGCAGUAUUUGCAACAAGCGCAUCGAGCUGCCGUUUCAGAUCUUAAAUGGUUUCAGAAGGAAGAAUCAACUACAAAGAUGGCAUUUACAGGAAAAGUUGUGCUAAUAACUGGAGCUAGUUCUGGAAUUGGAGCAGCAACUGCAAUACAUUUUGCUCAACUUGGAGCAGAACUAGCAUUAUCAGGACGUAAUGCACAAAACUUGAAUGCAGUUAGUGAAAAAUGUAAACCUAACAAAACAUUUAUGGUAACUGGUGAACUAACUAAUGAGGCUGAUGUUAAAAAUAUUGUUGAAUCUGUUGUCAAACAUUAUGGUAAAUUAGAUAUUUUAGUUAAUAAUGCUGGUGUAUUAGAAAAUGGAUCAAUAGAAAAUCUUUCAUUAGAACAACAUGAUAGAAUAUUUAAUGUGAAUGUACGCUCAUUGAUGCACAUGACAAUGUUGGCUGUUCCACAUAUAACAAAAACUAAAGGUAAUAUUGUAAAUGUAUCAAGUGUGGCUGGACUAAGAGCAUUCCCAGGUAUUUUAUCAUAUUGUAUGAGUAAAGCAGCAGUUGAUCAAUUUACCAGAUGUGUAGCCCUUGAACUUGCACCAAAACAAGUACGAGUAAAUGCUGUAAAUCCAGGUGUUGUAAUAACUAAUCUGCAUAAAAGUAGUGGUAUGACAGAUGAACAACUAAAGACAUUCUUUGAGGGUUCUAAACAAACCCAUGCACUAGGCAGACCAGGCAAUACUUCUGAGAUUGCAAAAGCAAUUGCAUAUUUAGCUAGUGAUGAUGCUAGCUUUGUUACAGGUGUAACAUUAUCUGUAGAUGGAGGAAGACAUGCUAUGUGUCCUCGUUAAGAAUAUUGCAUUAUUUAAAAGUGUUAUAUUCGUAUAUUUUAUAAAACUGUUUAAUAUGUAAGAACUUAAUGUUCCUAAUGAAUGUAAUAAAUUAUGAGUUAUGAAUUAUCUAAA